UCUCUCUCUCUCUUUCUCUCUCUCUCGGUGUCUCUGUCUUUUUCUCUCUGCAAAACCAUCAAAACGGCCAUGGCGGACCAGCGAACCCAGCAGCAGAACCAGCAAUACCAGCAACAACAACAAGAACACCGUUCCGAUGAAGGUCCUUCAGCUUCGCAAAUCGUGGCGGUUCUUACACUCCUCCCAGUCGGAGCCACACUCGUCUUCCUCGCCGGACUCACACUCACUGGAACCGUGCUCGGGCUGGCUGUUUCGACACCACUGUUCGUUGUUUUUAGUCCUGUGUUGGUCCCUGCGGCUCUGGUAAUUGGAUUGGCGGUUACGGGGUUUUUGACUUCCGGAGCUUUCGGAAUCACGGCGGUCUCGGCUCUUACAUGGUUGGCGAAUCAUUUGAGGGAAAGAGUCCGUGGGGGUGAUGGUGCUGGGCUUACGGCGCAAGCCAAGAGAAGAAUGCAGGAAACGGCGGGUUAUUUGGGCCAGAAAACCAAGGAAGCCGGCCAGACUAUUCAGACUACGGCCCAGCAACAGGAGGCUUCUGGAAGAAGCCAGGAAACUGGAAGACCGCAAGAAGGAACCAAAACACGAACGGGAUGAAAAGAUCUUGCUUUGGGUUUUCUUGGGCCUUGAUAAAGCCCACUUGUUGACCAUGUAGUUUUUUAUUUCUUUUUCUGUUUUGUUUUGUUUUGUUUUGUUUUGUUUUUUUGUUUUUUUGUUUUUUUUUUGUAUUUUCUUUUUUUGGUAAUUUUCUUUUUGUGUUUAAUGAGAAUAAAUGAGCCAGUGCAUUGUAGACAAUUCUCAAUCUCCAGGAUGUCUGUUUAAUUGCUUUUAUAAUGAGUCUUUUUCUCUCUGUUAAUAAAAUUAGUAAUAUUUCUUUUC